UUGUCAAGCAGCUUUCAUGUUGACUGUCCCAUUUGCUUACUGGUACAGAAUGUCAUCGACAUGUCCGUGGUACUUAAAGAGCUUUCCAUGAGCGCCAAGAAUUAUCUCAAAUCGCUACAAAGUAAGCAUUUCCUACAGAAAUUUUAUUCGAAACAGCAAAUUUGCUAGCUUAGGUUUCCAUAAGAGAUCGUUGUCAAGUGUUACACCUUUAACUCUUGUUUUCAGAUGUUCGACAGGCAGCGACUUCGUUCUACGAUUCCUUGUCCAAGGUAUCACACAUGGCUGGGCAGUCGAAAGGAACUGCGCGUUCCCUCGGUAAAUGUGAAAACAUUUUUCGAUACUUUUGAAAUUCAUAGAAUGAUUCAUAUAUUUUAAGCUAUUGUGAUCGAAAUUUUCUUUUGAUUUGUUUAUACUUUCGACAGAAUAAUUAAGUCCUCAUUGUAUUAUAAACUCGCAUGGGGGUUCAACUCCGAAGUCCGAAGAAAAACAGCUUUAAUAAUCUUUUCUCCAAAAAAGUGUCAAAACACAGCAUUUUAACGCUUGAUCAGUCGAUCGUAAACAAAAAUUGCCCGGUCGAGCUUCAAACGUUGUAGUAAGAGUAAUUGUUCACAGCCACAACUACCCUAGUUUAUUGUUAAGGAUUGAAGUUAUAUGAAUUUACUAAUUCGGCGCGUUGCUGAAACUUGUUACUGCCUCUUCAUUACAGCGUUAGAUUUUAGAUCAAUGCUUUCUUAUUUGGAAAUUAAACGCCACCAUGCUUAAGUGGUACUAAAACGUUUUUCAGGACGGUAGAAAAUCUCUCUGACAUUCAAGAUUGUGGCUUCCAAAUAUCGAUAACACCAGGUCGACGAAAAUGCUUCUCUCAGCGAUAUUUAUAGUGAUGAAUAAAUUUUAAUGGUAUUGUCUGUGUUUCUGGUAAAUUCACUUGUUUGUAUACUAAAAAGUCGAUUGCAAUGUCCUUGACACAAUUGGGAAGUUUUGUUUAAAUACUGUUGCGGUAAAUGGCGAACUGAAGUUCGAAUUGCUAGUCAUUAAUUUUUCAUUCUUUCAAAAAAGAAUGCAGAAGGUGGCAAUGUAACAUGUACGCCACUUUCUAAUGUCAAAGUAUUUAUUUCUGUUCAGUCUUUCUAAAAUUUAUUAUAACAUGAGGCAAGAGCUAAUGUUACACCUUCUGGAUUUAUAAGCUAGAUUAGAGCAGCACUGUAAUGAAAAAAUGAUUCUCAAUCUUUACAUAACUUUUGAGUCUGAAUAUUUAAAAUUGAACAUGUGUCUCAACAUGUCCCUAUAGAUGUAUUCCACUUAAUGUGGAUUCGGGGAAUUUGAUUAUUACGUCAGAUUGUCAAUGCAAAAUUAUUGAGAUUUUAGUCAUACCCUUGCAUGAAGUAAGAAUGGCUAUUGAUUGUGGUAAAUUUCACGAGGGCUUUAGUAGAGGAGACCAGUCUGAGUCUGUUAUUUGGCAAACUAGAAGUUAUCUUGAUUUAAGCGACAAGACAAUUCAAGGAAAUAAUCAAUUGUACAGGCCUGGGUUGUUCAAAGCUGGGUUAAGGUAACCCAGGGUUAGUGUGAAAUUUGAUUUCAGGUCUGAAAGCUUCAAGAGGAAAUUCAGUUCAAAUCUUUUUGCUUGCAAUUUGAUCAUUGGAUGUUCUAAAAAGAAUAGUGAAAAUUUUCUCUAAAAGACUUUUGUACAAAAAAAUAAAGAAAUCUGAAUUAGAAUUUAACCCUGGGUUAGGGCUAAUCGGCCUUUGAACAACUGGACCCAGGAAAACAAAUUAUUUGACGACAUGGACUCAUGCUCAAUAAUGAAGUUGAGAAUUUGUCCUAUUACCAUCCAGGAAAGAUUCGCAAUGAUAUUGCAGCUGACAAUGAGCCAAUUGAUACUGGAAAAAAAAGUAAUUGUUGGUUUGAUUCCCAAAAUAGUGAUGACCAGUUCUUUGUUGGAGAGGCAGACUAUGCCCUCUUCAGGAAGAUAUUGUUUACGGAACACCCAUUAGAUUGGUAUCACAUAUUUGUCUUUAAUCUUUGUGUUAUUUUGAUUUGCCAAUAUCAGUAGAGAAAAAUAUUAUUAUAGCAACCACAAUGAAAUUUGUGCAUGACAAAUUGAACAGUUUGUAUUAAAAACUCCAUAGUUAGGGCAACCACAUCUUUUUAAUAUUGCCAAAUUACUGGAGUGUUGGUUGGCUCAAUGUAUGCAAAAGAAAGGUGUAAUGUAGCUACCAUAUAUCUGGAGACUUAAAAAAUUUGAAUUUAUAAUGCUAUUUAUCAAUCAAUGCCCUAUAAAUGUAGAGACGAUAUUUCCUGAAAAGGAGGAGAAAAGGGGUGGAGGGUAAGGAAUGGAGAUUUGGCAAGUGCUGCAUUUAACAUGUUUCUAAACUUGAAAUCAUGUUUGCAAUGAAUGUAAUCCCAUUCUGCGUGAUACAUGUAGGGUUGUCAUAGUGUGAUUUGAACUGAAUAGGUCAAUAAAUUGAAUUAUGCUAACAUAAAGGUAACAAACAUGGCAUGUGGCUAUGCAACACUCUCUUAUUGGAAAAAUGUGGAAUUGAUACUCUCUGAGACAAGAAUUUCUAGCAUUUUAAAACAUUUGUCAUGAGUUACCCCUUUGAGCCAGACAUUAAUUUAGAAUAAUUUUAAAAUAUUAUUCUUAUUUACUUUCUUUGAUCACAAUUCAUUUAGUAGCUGGUGCAAAAUGGCCUCACAACCUGCUGGUUUUCAUUGCCUGUUGGCUGCUUAUGAUAACUCUGUACAUGCAUACUCUCUGAAUGUGAUGCACUUUCAUGUAAAUGGUUUACGUGACUUUUGUUGUUUGUUGGGCACAGGACCCAUCAUUGCUGAUCUGGUAAUUGUCAAGAGGGAGGAGGAAACUAGACAAAGUGAUGUGGUAAUGACAACUGUUUUAUAAAUGAUUAUUUAUAGACACAUUUAAGGGUAAAAUAGAGUGCUCCCAAUCCUGAGGACCUCUCUUGUGUAAGGUUAUUUGCAGUUAGGUAGCAUUAAAGGACUAGAAGUAUUUCUACUCUUUCUGCAUAGAAUGCUACUCUGUUGCUGAGAGAUGGGAGGGUGGUCCAACAAAGUGAGGCCACUAGCUACAGCUCAAACUUUAUCAUAAGGUUGGAAGUCCAACACGUUUACCAUGAAGAUACAGUAUUUUUCUGAAUUUUUAAUGAUUUGUGGAAGAAAAUGCCAUAGAAGUACUAAAAAAUAGGCAAUAUUGGAUGUUAAUUCUGUAAAUGUUGUGGUUCAGAUUUUCAACUGUUAAAUUUUCAUCUUGAGUUGGAAUGCUGAAAUUUGAAAUAAGGGAAAAAUAGGCAGAAUAACUUGGUUUGUUUUCCUUUUUUUAAUUAAGCAAAUUCUUGAGAAAUGUGUUAAGAAUAACUGAUUUGAAAACCUCUCCAGGUCAUUAACAUUUGCUAUGAAUAAAAGACUAGGAUUAAAUGAAUUUGAAACCUCUAAUCAUCUCACACUUGUCAAAGGGAUAAAUAGCUUUAUUCAUGUUUAUAUUGUUGUCCUUUUUUAGAAUCCAGCUUUAGCUUAAAGCAUGUACAUGUGGAUCUUGCCCUUUAGAUAAUCUUAUCACCUUAAUCAUAGUUAACGCCUCAUUAGACAAAUAUUGUUGACUUUACAAAACAAUUAAUUUAUUGUUGUAUAUCAGAUAUCUUGCAUCAAAUGAACUCCAUUGACAAGAAUUUGUUAUUACAAACCUCGUAGUAUCUGCAGAACAAACAUCUUCUGAGUACAAUGCCAAAUAGUUUUUGCACUAAGGAAAAAAGUGUGUACAUAAGAAAUCCAAGUAUUUUUUAAUUGCAUGUAUUGAAAUUGAGUCAGAGAUAUCAAAACCCACUAAGUUACCCAUUGUAAAGUCUAUCAGGAAGGUUUUGAAAUUAGCUUUCAACCAAAAAGGUCAACUAAUGCCUUCUUCCUUUUGUGGUAAAACUCUUCUAUGGCUUCAUGUGCUUGUGAUUCUUAAAGUUUAGUUAACACAAGAUCAAUGUUCAUUUUGACCCAUAAUUAAUUUUUGAUAACCCAAAUGUUCUGCAAUGAUUAUACUCUAUACCAAGUUUAUGUAAGCAUAGAACUUAAUGAUUCUCACAUAAUUACUAUAAUAAGUAACACUUGUUAUCACAGAAAUUUAAUCCCAGACUAUGUUUAAACAGAGAAUGGGUGCCUCAAGUGGUUGACCGUUGUCUUGUGGUGAUUUUUGUAACUCUUCACAGCUUUGUAGUUGUAGCUCAUCCACUGCAAAAUGAUUCUAAUCACCUUGUGUUGGGAGAUUAGAACAAAGAUUUAAUGGCUAACCAGAAUGCUUGGAUCUCUGUUAUCACAGCAAAAUUGUGCUACCAAAGAUAACCAUUUUAUUUGUAUUUUCUGUCAUGUAUUAAAGUGGUGAUUUAACUUAUUGAUCCCUUUAGCUGAAAUACCUGCAGAAUGAUUUAAUAGCUCCAUUAGACAUCCUGGGGGAUUCAGGUGUUCAGGAGGUGAAAGUAUGUAUUUCUAAAGUGCAAAGUAAUUUUUGAAAUUAAUUGCCUUCAGAGAUUGAAUCAAACAGGUCACCACAAUAAGCCUAGGAUUAGGUACAAUCAGAUUCAUCACAUAAAAUUCCCUAUUGAAGAUAUGGGAGAUUAAUAGAUAUAAAGUUGUUACUGGAAGGGCAAUCACUUUGUAAUUUUCCAAAGUUUUAAGUUGUAGUAAUUAUACACCUGUGUGGUUAUGAGCUGAACAAAUGUAAUUAUGAUAUGUAAUUUUCUUUCUGGUCAUGUUUUGAUUUAUUAGUCUUUGCAGAAAAGUUACAUUCAAGAGAACAAAAGUAAGAUGGAGGUUAGUUUUAUAAUCAUUAUAAAUAAUUUCAUUCUGUUGUUGUGUGCUAAUUCCUAGGCUUUCAAAUCAAAAUGAGGCUGUGGAUGACCUUUUCAUGAGAGAGUCAAUAGACCAGUUCAGUAAACAUGAUAUCAGAGAAGUUUACGACACAAGAAAGUUAUCCUCAGCCUGAAUCUUGUUGAAAGGCUUCAUACAUAUAGUACAUGUCUUUAUUCACAAGUCUGAAAGGGACCAUUUUCACCAAUUUUGUUUUUUAAUAGCAACCAUAAAAUUAGUGGAUAUUUUCAGAAUGGUCUAAUUUUUUUUUUCAUACAUUGGACACAGAAUACACAUACAGCUGCUGUAAUACUUCUAGCUUUCUUCCUACACAACUAUACCUAAGUUACAAGCAGUAAUAAUGAGCUACUCGUAUAUUUUUUUACAUUUUUUUUAUGUGAUUUGAUUGAAUUACAUGGUUUACAUUUUUUCCAUAAUAUCUGUGGCACUGAUGAUUAUGCUUAUCACCAUAUAUUUAAAAAAUAUAUUUUUGCAGAAAUUAAAUUGAAUAGAACAGAUAUUCACCAAAAGCAUUGUAGCUGACUAAAAGUAAUGACACAAUUAUUUUGAUACCUGUACAGCUUUUAGAAAGAGCAAAAGGGGAACUGUUGAGAGUUAGGAAAAAGAGUCAAAGAAAUAAACCAACAGAGAAAUAUGAAGAGAAAGAAAAACAGGUACUUACAUGAACAUAUAUAAUGAUUUUUGUCCUUUAUGUUUUAGAGUGCAUGUACAUUUACCAUUGAGAGAAGCUGACCAUCUUUUAUCACCAAAUCAUAGACUAAUAUGGCCCUAACAAAACAAGAAUUUCUCUUAACUACAGAAAGUAACGAAUGGAACUCAUUCAAUAACAUGCCAACUCUGGAGUUGAGAGUGAUAUUAUUUCUGAUCAGCAUGGUUUUUUUCAUCAUUGUAAAAAUGCCCUUAUAUAGCAGAAUUGAACUUAUCAUAUGGAAAUGCUUCUGUUACAACUCAGGAGUGAAGUAAAGGGUGAAUACAUGUAUGUAAUCUUAGAGAUCUGCAAUAAAAUUGAAAGCAGCAUACAAAACAAUGGGAAUGAUACACCCCCAUAAUUUCAUAACAACAAUUUUUUUCUUGAGAAUUGUUAAUAGUUACUUCUUUUCAAUUUUCAAUUUCUAUUUUGAUCUUCUUUCAAGUGUGAGCAAAGAUUGGAGUCAUGCCAAAAAGGACUUAGAGAAUUUAGACUUGCAGGCUGCAGAAAGGUACCAUGUCAAUCAAUUGUACUCUUGUAGUUAAUGUAUGUUGCAGUAUUAAGAUCAGUGCUUUCACACAAAAUUAUAUCAUUCAUAUUGAGCUAAAGUUAUUGUCCAUAUUGAGCUGAAAUUAUUUGUUUGAAAGGUUGUGAAAAAUGUUAUUAAUGUGCUAAGUAAAUCUCCCACUGUAUUGAGCAUUUCAGUUUUGUUUUCAUUAGGCAAUUAAAGAAGAAUGGAAUAGAUAUUGCUUCGUAUUUGACAGAUGCAGUAUUGCUUCCAGAAUUACCAUGGAAUCUUGUGAACAAGUAAGAACUCUAAACUCCGAAGAGUUUAUGUACACUCAGUUUGCAUUUACAUGUAGAUAUUAAUGUAGUUUCAAAUUUGUUUGUUGUCUUAAUUCAGAGUGCACAGAUACUACGAGGAAAGCUACCAGUUUGGUUUUCACUCAUAAAAAAGGAUGACUCUGUGUCAAAGGUAAAACUAGUUUGCAUACUAUAAUGAAAAUUUUACAUCACAUUUUACUUCAUGUUAAAGAUUUUUUUGAUAUACUGUACCAAAUAUUGCCAUGGUACCAUUUUACUGUUUCCUGUGCUAAAUUCUGCUUUUGUUGUUUCAGGUGAAUGGUUCCAUAUCAAGUGCAGAAAUUAAAAAGGAUGGAAUUAAAAGUGAAAAGUAUGUUUUAUGUUAAUAAUGGUAGCCUGCAGAGCAGGUGUAAUUUUUGCAAGCGAGUGCUCAGUUAUUUCAUAACAAAUAUUAUGGCCGCCAUCUUUGAUUUUAAUGGCAGUGGAAGGCUGGGGAGAGAAAUAAAUUUGUACCAAGGGGGCAGUCGAUGGUCAAAAAUAAGGAGAGGGGUGGGGGUAGGGGACGGUAUUAGGACUGAUCAUGAGUCAAGUCUAAUUUGGUCUGUGAUAUGAUACAGUCCAAUGAUUGAUAUUCAUUAAUUAAGAGUAUAAUUACAGACAAAACUGGACUUUCUGAUUAUGCAAGCAUGACAUGUACAUUGUACAGUAACACUGUCUAGUUACAAGCAUGACUGUCUUUAUAGAACUUAAAUCAGGGUAGUUAGAAUCAAUCUUGUUUUAGAGUUUUGUUAUAAUUUUGGUUGUUGUUAUUAUUAUAAUUAUAAUUUUUAUUAUUACUAUUAUUAUUAUUAUUACAAUUCUGUACUUCUGAAUGAAUGUGUAUUUAAUUUCUUACUGGAUACUUUUCAUAAGUUCACAAGAUGCUUGUCAUAAGUUCUUUAUGCUAAUUGUUCUCCUUGCAGACUAAAGCUGAGGGCAAAUUUUGCACACACAGCAGCAGAAAAUUCACAGCUUAGUUUCAAAGAGGUAAGUGUAAAUGGGCUAUUGCAUUCCUCAACGGCAUGAAGGUUUUUUGUGUGUGUUUGUGUAAAUGAGUUGCUGAGGUGACUGACAGAACAAUUUUUAGCUCCUGUCUUUAGGGGUAAAAGAAAUUCUGAUAUCCAGCUUUCGCUUAGAAAUCAAGUUCUACAGUUCUGCUGGGCAGGAAUUCAAUAUUAUGAUUAUGUUAUCAAGCAUUUGGCAUCUUUCCUUAAUAAUAUUAUUCUUCUUCUCACUGGUCAUCAAGGCCAAGGGCAUUCACUAUAACUUAUUUUUCCUUUUCACUGGUAGGGUGAUUUAAUAAAUCCAAUCAGUGAAGUUGUUUCAGGAUGGCAAUAUGGAGAAAACUUAAAAACAAACAAGUAAGGAUUGGAACUUAAUAUUGAUAAUAGAUGUUUGAGUAUACAUGAUGAAAGUUUUAUGUACUGUUAAUGAAGUCAUAAAGUUGUAAAGCAGUUGUGCAAUAAUUGUUAUUUAUAAAAGAGCAUAAAAUGUGUCCCAGUUUGUAUGUAUUGAAAACCUUAGCUUAAAUUUUGUCCAUCAGUUGCAAUCUUUGCUGAUCUUCAGGGCUCUUAAUCUUCCUACUUUUUGAUAAAGGUUAGUUAUAAAAUAACUUUCUUUUUUUUCCUUCUCAGGUCUGGCUGGUUCCCAGCUGCGUUCACAGAGGAGGUUAUAGGUGUAAUGACUGGGUAAGAUAGAAACUUGACCCUUUUAUUCCCAGAAGUGAUUAACAUGUUAUUUCUCCCUAUAAUAUCUUUACAUUACCUGACAAACAGGUAAUGAGAAAACUCAAACUUAUCAGGUAGAAGUUGUCUGCUUGAUCUAAAACCAAAUUCUUGCAACUUAUUUACAAGGAAAUGUGUAGCAGCCAGAGGGGAGAAUUAACAAUCAGAUCUUGGGAGCAAAAGGGUUCACCAAAAUGUGACAGUUGACAUUCGGGUUUCAAGGUGGGAGACAAGUGCUCACACUAUUGUCCAUUCACUGUGCUCCUAUGUGCAUGUACAUGUAUCUGUGUAGAAUAACUUUUUGUUUGUAUAUUCCACGGUAAUAAUUUUAUUGUACACAUGUAAAUAACUUUUCUUGCAGUCCCUCAGUGAGUCAUACAUUACCUGCCAGUGGAAUUCAUCCACGUCCUACACUAGAUUCCAGUGCUGGCCACAAGUCAUUGAAGCGUUAUUCAAGUGCUGGACCAGAUGCAUCAUACUAUCCCCCUCCAGACUAUGUGGAGGAGGACAACAAGGCAGAAAUAAACAGCCUAUCAUCCGCAAACACCCCUGGUCUGUCAGGUACAGUGUGUUUACUGUGUAGUGGGGGCUGUUGCUUAAAGUUGGCUGACUGAAGUAAACAAAACUGUGCCUUCUAAAUCCAUGUACAUUCAUUUAGGUUUUGAAAUUUAAGAGGUGUCAUGCCUUUGAGUGUGUGUGUGCGUGAGAAAUGUGACCUUUCAAAGGACUCGAGUUCAAACUGCUCGUGUCUGAGUCGUGAUUAGUGUCUGUGGAUCAGUUCUGUUCAUUUGCCUGUUUGUUAUCGAUUUCUGUAAUGGCUGACCACAACUUCUGAAAUUGCAUGUUGUUGAUAAUUGCAGGUAUUACUUGAAGGAUUUAACACACAAUUUAAAUUGAAAGGUUUUAAUUUUGUAACGUGGGGCUGUUUUCAUUUUAUUUAUUUUUUAUGUUUAUCUUUUACAGUUUUAUUGUUUAGAUUCGCUUAAAUAUUUACAGUAACACUGUAGGAAAGUAUAUGAUUGUAAUUGGAAAUUAUGUACAUUUAGCUUCAAUACCUUGUUCACUUGUUGAUUGCAAACUUCUAAUAAAACAAAGGAGGAACAAAAACCAAAGUCAUUUUGACAGCCAGUCACAACAAAGUCAGAUAUCUCAGGGAGCCAUUAAGAACUUUGAAGCAAGAAUAAUUAAUCUGCAUGUGGUUGAGACUAACUUGUGCCAGGCUCUUCAAUGUAGUUCCUUUUGCAUCUGACUUUUGAGUUAGUGGUGCAAUGUUUUUGGCCAAUCACAGAGCUGAGUGAAGUAAAACCAGUUGAAAGCAACCCUGGAUUAUUUUCAGCACUUGAUUUGAAAUCUUUUGUUCUGUAUGCUUGUUGUUUGUGUGUAGAAAACCAAGUUAUCACAAUACUAAUCAAAACUGAUUGAAACAUCUUUACAUUAUUUUCCAGGUUCACUUGACAACAGUAGUGCUGCCUUGGAGGUCAGAUCACCUUUGAUACCUCCUCCUCCUCCACCUCUUCCUCCAUCAUUUUCUGCGUUAGGAAAAAGUGAAGAGAAGAAAACCAAGAGGUAAGAGAUCCAGGUUUUUUUAUUAUCUUAGACAAAAGAGUUGAGACAAUUGGCAUCCAUAGGGCACUUGGUUGUUGGUUUAAACAAUUAUUAGUAUCUUCAUCUCCUCUCUCCCCUGUGAAUGAUGUUGCCUGGUUUGUAGUUUGGUCAUUGAUAUAUGUACAUGUAUUCCAGAUCUUAUGAAAAUAUUGGUCGAGAGGAAGGUGGAAGAAAAGCUUUCUUAUGAGAUGCUGUGUGUUGUUGGGCUGGUUUUGUACAAGGUAGAAAAUAAGACAACGCUGAGAAGAACCUCCGAAGUGCAAACUAGAGCCAGGGACAAAUGCAGUCUACUUGUGACUUGAUGUAACAUAGUGCUAAAAAAAGUUAAUUAACACUGCCAGAAAAUGUUCAGUUCUUUGAUGAAACUUUAAAAUUUACUAACCAUUAAAUACUAAUCAAUAUAAUUAUAGGUGGAUGAAAUCCAGCAGAAUUCUAACCCUGAUGCUUGACAGGUUCUAUUAUGGGUUGGUCAUAUUUUGGUUUUUCUGUUUUGACUUGCACUUUACUGAAUUUUUACAUUCUUGUCAUUUUAGUCCUGGUAAUGAAGUAGAACCAAAUGGUCAAAUAACAGAAGAUUCUCCUGAUGUGAGUCGCUUGUAAAUUAUGGGAAGGAAGAAUCACAGAGAUGGAAGCUGCUAGCCUCAAAAGAUGAUUACACAGUGAAAGAAUGACAAAUUAGACCCUCAAUCAAAUGCAUUCUAGCAUUUCCAUUGCUUGCUAAUGAUUGCUUAUUUUGAUGGAAGAUCUCAAAUUAUUGGCCACAUGACUGAAAUACUGUUUUGUGAUAGCAGAACAGUCAUGUGGAUAACUGAAAAAUUUUUAAUUGAGGGAAGGUUUUCCAGGGCUGAAAUAAUCAGACUGAUGUAUUUGCUAAAUGGAAAAAUUAUGCAGAUAUAUGGAGGCUACUGAGCCUAAUAUCUGAGUUAACCCUUCUGUUCUGAAAAUCUAGCCAUCAAUUCUCUGCACUCUCUCUUUUACUGUAUAUAUUUUGUAUGACUUUAGCUCUGAGAGUUUGAUGUAAACCCUUUAACCCCUAGGAGUGACUAGCAUCUAAUUUCUCCUUACAAUAUCACCACUGAAUCACACAUUCACAUCAUGAGAAUACAGGAAAUGAUCACCAACUCUUGAUUGUCAGUAUAUGAAUACUGAUGUAUUAGUAUAUGAAUACUAAUGUUGGGGUGUAAAGGGUUAAAUCAAGCAAUAUCCAUUUGUUUGUAUUUUACUGCUCAUCAUCUUUUUGCUUAAAAAUGUUUUGGUAUUGUAAAGAGGAUUUCCCUGUUGGUCACUCUUGAAAGAAAUGGUUCAAUGUGCAAAGAAGCAGUGUUUCCAUUUGGCCUGAAAAAUGAUUAUGACAAGCACUUGCUUAGCAUCCUUUUAGUUCUUUCAAAAGUUUUAAGUGAACAGUUUGAUGUACUUAGAUUAUGAUCUCAUAUUUAAUUUGUAGGUUUAUUGAUCAUGUACAAAUCUGUUAGCCUUAUGGAUGAAAAUAUUUUAUGGAGAUCUGAUAUAUCAUAGCUGAAAGUGCCUAAAUUAUUUUUGUGAGCUGUAAAUGCAAAGGAAAAAAUGAACAAAUUGAUAGUGAAGUUAGUGACAGACUGAGGUAACUGUACAAGAUUUCAUGACACACAUGCUGUGAUGUUCAACAGAUCUUCAAUGAAAAGUAUUGUAAAUUAUGUUUGAUUGUAUUUACAAUAAUCAAUGCAGCACAUUUAAAGUAUUUGUCCUUUUUUUGGUUGCAUCGAUGAGUUUUAUCAUUCGUGUAAUUCAUCCCUCGUAUUAUUGGGGUCAAAAUGCGACCUGCCACAUCCCUCCUUGGGUUGAAAUUUCACUCCUUUGUGAAGUCUUAUAUAUGGUUUUAGGAGGGAAUGAAAACGAUGCAAUUUUAAUCAGAUUUCUUUGCUCUUUUCCUUAAUACUCUUUGUGUCACCCUUUACACUUUCAACGACGGUACACACCUACCCCGCCGUUUUCGAGUGUAUCUUGAACCCACGAUCAAACAUAGAAUAUACAAGAGUUUUUCUUCGGAUUCAUUAUAUCUCCCCGUAAAGUCUACUGAUAGCCUUGAUUUGUGAAUGCGUCCAUAUGAAUGUAUGACAAACUUGGGCGAUAAAUGAUUUCAAAUCAUCAACUCUAAAUGGAUGUUGAGUUUAUUCAGAAGAAAUCAGAUCAACAGAUCUAAGAAUGAGCCCCGGGCAUAAUAAAUCAAAAUAGUUACUCUUUAAGGUACCUAAUAAUUGUAUUCAUCAAUGAUCAAAGGUAAAGUAAAAUACUGCUACUUACAAGGAAAUGGCAUCAGUUAUAUUACGAAUUAGCUCUUUCUGAACGAACAAACAGCCGUUUAUCGAAACUGUUCGUUAUAGGGGUCUAGCUGUUAAUAGACAUAUAUAUAUAUAUAUGUUUUGUUUAGCUAAUGACUGAUUUGGCAUAAAUGAUACAGGGUUUGAGCUACUAUUUGAUCACUGGAGGGCAAUUUGUCCCCUUAGCAAAAAUUUUGGAGGACAUUUUCAUUUUUAGGGGGACAGACAAAUUAAUUUUUAUUCGACAUUUUCUUUUUUUACAUUCAUACAGGCAAGCCGACAAAAACAUUUUUUUUACCUGAUCCUUGUAAGACUUGUAAUACAAGAAAAGUGAUACAAAAAAGAAAAGUUAUGUUAUUGAUGUCAAAUUUCUUUUUCUCAUCAUAUUUAAACAGAGGAUCAAUGACUAUGCUUUAUACUUCAAAACAUUACACAGCAGAAUCUCGUCCCGGCAUCGCCUUGUAAACUUCAAUUCCUUUCUUAAUCACUGGUAAACGUAAAUGUACUAAUUCUUCAGUUGGUUCUAGCCCAAACAUCAAGGGCUGUAAAAGGAGUUGCUGCAGAGUUGAGGUUCUAAAAUUUGUACACCCUUCUGCCGUUGCAAAGGGUUUGUCUUCUUAGAUUUCCGACAAAAAUAGCAGAACAUCGCCUCUUUUUCAUAGCGCAACCAUGUGUGAUCUCGCAACUAAGUUUUCAGGAAAGUUCGUGAUUUUUUCGGUUUCCUUCGAUCCUCAUUCGUUUCUUCCUGAUUAAUACACUGUUCUUCUUCUGUAUCAUUUUUCUCUAAUUCACUCUGGCUUCGAUUCCGAGCGAAAAAGCUUUCUAAUGUUCGAACACGUUUUUGAUGUGACAUGUUUCUGCGAUUUUCACAAACAUGCGAAUUUUGAAGUUCAAAAGCCAACUGACGAUUGGGUUUUGUCGCUGCCGUCAAUCAUCUUAACGGAACUCUUAGGAAACAAAAUUUUACUUUCACGGGUUCAAAAGGUCAUGGUUUGUGAUUUGUCAUUGGUGAAUUUCAAUCCGUUUCGUGUGUUUCUGUGUUUCAAGGUUAGUUGCUUGUGAUCGUAAUUAUGAUUGAGGGCAGCGAAAAACGUAAUUGUGAAGGCGGCUUUUGAACUUUUGAGUUCUCAUGUUUGUGAAAAGCGUAGUAAAGAUUGCCACGUGCGUUCACCACGCUUGGUUGAGCAUGAGACCUACGUGUUCAGUAAAGUGUGACUGAAACGUGACUUUAGAAUGAACUUUAAACGUGCAAGAAAAUAUACUUUCCACGUUCUGUUUUAGCUUGCAAUUUCUGUACCGAGAUAAAACUCUUCGUGUGUGCUUCCUUUCGAGUUUAUUCCCUAAAUUUUGCAGGGGAAAAAUUGUCCCCUUGACCGUUUUUUUAGGGGACAAUUUCAAGUGCAGUGCGGGAUUGGCGCAAUGGCGCGGCCUGGCUCAAACCCUGAUGAUAGGAAUUCAGAUUGGAGGGCAAAAGGGUAGGAUAUCGAAUUUAAAGCGAAAGUUCUAGAUGCUUUGAGAAACUCACUGUUUUGUAUAUCGGUAUGCGUCCGAUCUUGAUCUGUCUUAUGCAGGUAGAAAAGAGAGGCUUGAAAAAAGUCCAGCUUUAUAUAUCUUAGUUCUUGAUCGGUGCCUGUAUAUUCAUUACCAUUCGCUCUUGAGACUGACUGAAAGCGAUCUGACACUUGUACAUGGAUAAAACUUGGCUAUUGAGGACAAUGCAUCAAUGAGAGCAUUGUAGGUGAGUGAUAGAGUGUAGUGACGGUAGGAGUUUCAUCUGUGGCUGCAAGCUAUAUGCGAAGGGAGAUCGAUCACAAAUACAUCCAGAUUAUCGCUAAACUCAAAUUGUUGGUAGCAACAACUAACAACUAGCUAGCGUUCUCCUCACAGACUCAGCUGGUUCUUAACAAAAUUUAUGCUUGGAUAGCCACCCUUCGCAGAAUUAGGAAUUUUCACCAUAGUAACACUGCGCUGAAAUUAUCUACGGUACUGACAUACAUCCUACCAGGCAUCGAAUAUUGUAGCCCUCUUCAAAGAGGAAUUAAUCACACUUUAUCUGACAAAUUGAAAAUAACGGCAAUUAUUACACAAUCAGAACUGUUUUCCAUAUACCUUAGUCUAUUAGUUACGAGCAGAACUUAUCGUAGUAUAAUCGGGAUACGAGUAAGUGUAGGCGCCUGGUCCAAGCUCUCACACCUCUGUUCAAGGCUAUCCUAAUUAUUUAAUGAACAUGUUAAGUAUCGGAAAAACUGUUACAACAAUCUUGAUGGAACUGAAUUGCAGCAGACUCAACAAAGAGGCUCCUAAUACUAGCUCUAUGUUCUCAAGGGGGCCAUGGAACAAUUUGAGGAAUUAAAAACAACGUUUACAAAAACAGCAAUUAUAAACCAAAACAAAGCGAAGUAACUUCGGAUCAAACACAAACUAUACAAAAGUCUUUGUUCGGGCAUCAGCAUAACUUCCCGUAAAGUCUACUGAUAGCCAUGAUUUGGUAAUGCGUCCAUGUAAAUGUAUGACAAAUUUGGGCGAUUAACGAUUUCAAAUCAUCAAUUUGAGUUCUGAUUCGAGCAGGCUCCAAAUGCUAUUUUGUAGGACGUAUCUUUUUCUUAUAUUGCAUUCUGACUCUGAAACAAUCUACCCACGCAUGUUAGGGAGCCUUCAAAUCUCAGGAAUUUAAUUAGGUGCAAGGCCUUAGAAACUUAAGGUGGGCCAGCUAUGUUGUAGCUGAUAACAAAGAAAGACGUUUUUUAUCAUUAAUACUUAGGUUUUACCUGUUCUUUAUUUGUUAAUUUCUUCUUGUUGAUACACGUAAAUUUUUGCAACGAGCUUUCGUUGGCUCCUUGGUGUCACGUGUUUCAAUAAAGUUUGAGUUUCUCUCCGUUCUAAAUUAUCGAGCUUUCUCUAAAAUAAAUCGAGAAAAAUACCGUGAUUUGGUUCUUUUUAGUUCAAAAGAAGUUCAAAUGAAUCUAAAAAAAAUUUCAUUUUUGGAUGUUCUUUGACACUUACACGCUUUGUUAUUUUUGUUUUUUCUCAGUUUUUUUAAGUUUCAUCUACGUAUAUAUUCAUCCUUUUUAAUUUGUCCCUGGAAUUUCCAAAAAUAAAUUUAAGUCCUUUAAUGAACAUGUUUUUACUUCGUUAUCCUGUUUCGCUGUUCAAAUGGGCUAUGUUCUGCUUUUUCCUAAAAACCUUUGGGGUCCCUCAAAAAUUAAGCGAUUCUCAUUUUGCAAUUUUAUAUUUAAAAAUUUUGUGUGUCCACUGUUUAGUGUUUCGGUUUAUUUUUAAUUCAGGAAAAAUCCUUCAUGGCCUUGGCAGCGCCACCACUGUUUCGUCCAAAAAAAUCGACAACUAAUUACUCCCGGUUAUGCAGACUCCUAGUGGAUGUCAGUUCCCAUAUCCUAAGAGAGACAUUUGAAGAGAAGCGUCCGCCAGGAAACCUGGACACGGUUUUAUCAAGUCCCUCAGUUUAUGCAGUGCUGCAAACACUCAGAACAAGAAAAAUGCUCAAUCCAUCACAAUGGGGAAAACUUUAUCCUACCAUAAAAUCUUCAGUUUCAUCUCAGCAUUUCGACAUCACCUUAUUGAUAGUUCUACUGAGGAACAUUUGUGGUCUUGUUCCUCCAGACACCGGCUGGGAUAAACUUCCUCCUGCAGAAGACACAACCCUUGAGGCAGAUAUCGUUCGCAUUAAAUGUUACAGAAACACAGUUUAUGGUCAUGCCAGCCGGGCCUCAGUUGAUGACCAAAAAUUCAAUAAAUACUGGCAGGACAUUCAAGAUGUAUUGGUGAGACUGGGAGGAGCUGGUUACCAAAGUGCUAUUGAUGAUCUGAAAAAGGAAUGUAUAGACCCUGAAUUUGAGGAACACUACAGAGAGCUUCUUAAACAGUGGGUGAUAGGUGAAGUCAGCGUCAAGGAAAGAUUGGAUGGAAUUGAAGAAAAGCUUGAUAAGGGUCUUAAGGCCUUAGAAGUGAAAAUGAAUGAUCAUGAAGCAGCAGUUUCAAGUAAAUAUGUAAAUGAUAUUGAAAAUCUUUAAGUGCGUUCAUGUUAUGAAAUGUUUCCUCAAUCCGGGCUGUCUUGUGAGUUGAACGUUCGGUGGUUCUUGUCCACCCGUUCAUCAGUGUCACAAUUAAAUGAAUAAACAUUGACGGUCUUUUGAUGAAGAGGAUAAAUAGAGAUUGGGAGACAUACGAAUUAAGAGGAGUGCUGAGUGAAUUCUUAGAAGGGUGGGAAAAACCUCCUCGUUUUUAAACAAGUAUCAAGGUCUGUUGAGCAGAUUCACUCACUUCCUUCUUGAUAUUCCAGUUAACAGUAUGUCUUAUAGUUUGUUUUUAUUUCUGUUAGAAGAUUUCACGAAAAUGAGGAUAAAAAGGGACGUCAAUAUUCUCAUACUGGGAGAGACAGGAGUCGGGAAGUCCACCUGGAUCAAUGCGAUUGCCAACUAUAGCAAGUACAACUCCUUAGAGGCAGCAAGAAAGAGCAACGAAUUCACCGUCUUAAUACCAUUCAGGUAACAAUUUGUUAGUUUAUUGUACUGCUUAGGCUUGUGGCCGAUAUUGCGCACUCCGACUGGCUUAUCGAUAUUAGAGCAGGGCAUUAUGCAGAGGUAACGCCCACGGGCCGAUUAUGGAUUAUGCAAAUUAGAAAAUAGCGCAAAAUGCCAGGCAAGUACUGCGGCGGUUCUAUUUAUUAUUUACCAUAUUACAAGCGUUCCCUCUCUAUAAGGCUUAUAUGCUCAAAUUCGCUUUUUGAAAAUUCGAACGCAUGACAGCGAGGAGGACAAACUACGAUCCAGGGAGAGUAGACUCCAUUUAAUACAAAAAGCUUAAGUUUUAGAAGAAGGUACAGUUUUAUUUACCUACGAGAUUGUACUGGAUUAGGGGACGAGGUAAACAAACAAGAAUACAUUCAACCUCACUUCUAAUAUAAGAAACCGUAAAAAAUUCGCAUUGGAAAGCUGUAAUUAACAUGAUAACCUUAAAACGAAAUAUUCUUCGAUACACUUUGACGGUAAAGAGGUCGUUUAUUGACUUACUAGCUGUUAACGCUGGAAGGCUGGAAGGCUGGAAGGCACGACUGAAGGACAAUCAAAGUUUGCCUUGUCGUACAUAAAGCUUAAAUCGCCAAGAGGAAAACACCAUCGUUAGAUCUGUCACCCAUCCUUAGCAGAAAACCGAGAAAAAAUAAUCUAGUAGCCUCAACAAUUACCGAAAGUUUAAAUUUUGUCACAGGUAGCUUAGUAGUUCUCAUCAAUAGAUUCACUUGCUGUAAUGGGGCGGACGCUGACAUUAAACUUGAACAACGCCGCGUCGGGGAAAUGUCUUAUAUUAACGGACCUCCAGGCGUCAAUCAAUCUCAACUGGUUUAUUAAUCACUGGAAAGUUCGUAAAAACUGCAAUACAAUAAAUUUAAAUAGGCUAUUACCAUACAAUAAACGCUAAUCGAAAUGUCCUAAACUCGGUAAUUUAGUGUUAACAACUGGGUUGAAAACGUAAAUUAGCCACCGUAAAGGGUAAAAAAGCUGAUGUUUCGAGCGUUAGCCCUAUCGCUCUGACGAACACGUGUUCAAUUCUGUAUUUACGGUCAGAUUACACCAUUGUCCUCUCAAGCUGUGUUUUUUAGUCCACGUAUUGAUCUCCUGACCAAGUUAAAUGGUGUCAGAAGUGAACUCUGAAUAGAACUGUCGCUCGUGGCCUUGUUGGAAGCAAACUUGGGGAGUUUUGUUAGCAAUUUUAUGUGCAAAAUCGUGUCAACACUUCCGCGAUAUACCCAACCGGGUGCGGAGCAAGCCAUCCCGCUUCGACUCAAAAUUCUUCGGGUACACAGUCCAGUGUGAUAACUGUUCCUGUAAACAUACCACUUCCAGUAAAGUUGGAUUUAAGCGGUGGAAACCUCCUUGUCAAGUGGCAUCGAUUCAGUCGAGCGUGGUCAAAUUUUGAAAUCGUGGCCCAGCUUAAGGACCCGGAAAAUCUGGAUCGGAACAAGGAACGAAGGACCGCCACGUUACUUGCGUGCAUUAGCUUGGAUGCGUUAGGUGUUAUUGAUGCUAUGGAAUUUGAGAUCGAAGACCAAAGAAAAGAUCUAGUAGUGAUCCCAGAGAAGAUGGAAAAAUACUGCAGUGGGAAGUGCAAUGAGACCUAUGAGAGGUAUGUUUUCAAUCGUAGAGACCAGGGGAUGAACCUCUUGCAGGAAUUGUGGUAAUAAUGAGGAAUAUGAAUAUGUGGUUGAGAUCGAGGUAAAAGAGGAGGUUAGUGCAUUAGCCUAAAGUGGACGCGCUACCUAAGUCUUUGCCACCCAGCUUGUCAAUGGAAAGGAGAAGUCUCGACAGGACAGUGGAUCAACUGUAAAAAUUAUGACUGGUGAGACGGUGACGAGGCUCUGUGGGCACAACAGCUUGAAUGAGUCAGAGAAAACCCCAGUGACUCUGGUAAUGUACAACCAGUCAGAAGUUAAACUUUUGGGCAAGUAAAGACUCAAGGUUGUUAACCUAAAGAACAAUAAAAAGUGCAGCAUUGAGUUCCUUAUUGUUAGUGGCAAAGCAUGAACAUCUUCAAUUGCUAACUAUUAACAAACAGAAUAUCCUCACUGUGGACUCGGAUGGUGAGAAGAGUAAAGGUUCUAAGGUGCAAGACUACAUGUCGCAAUACAAGGAUGUGUUCACUGAAGAAGGCAAACUGGAUGGACAACUCCAUCUGGAGAGCGACAAGAAUGUCUAUCCAGUCCAGCUACUUACACGGAGAGUGCCAAUCGACCUCAGAGAACCUUUAAAACAAGAAUUAGACAGAUUAUCAAAUACUAGAGGGAUUUGAAAGGUCGAUACACAGGCUGAGUGGAUUUUAGCAAAGAAGAAUGGCAAGGUCAGGCUGUGCACUGCCCCGAAACCCUUAAAUGAAGCUCUAUGCAGAAAUCAUUACCCUUUACCCACAAUAGAUGAUGUGCUGCCUCUCCUAUCAGAGGCCUGUGAGUUCACAGUACUUGAUGCGAAAAAUGGGUUCUGGCACGUACAGUUGGAUGAGCCAAGCAAUUAUGCAACUACUUUCGGAACACCAUGGGGCCGGUAUCGCUGACCUCGUAUGUCAUUUGCAGUAUCACCAGCUCCAGAGGAAUUUAAGAGAAGGAUUGAUAUUGCACUUGAAGGGUUACCAGAGCAGAAGACAUUCUGGUCUUUGGAGCAGGAGACACGGAUGAAGAAGGCCUUGAAGAUCACGACCGAAACCUGAGAGAGGUGUUCAACCGCUGUCGACAGAAAGGUAUCAAGUUGAAUUCAGAGAAGAUACAGUUAAGGUAGAAACAAGUUAACUACAUGCGACACAUUAUAUCUUCAGUGGGUCUCGGCGCUGAUCCAAACAAGCUGAAAGCCAUCAACGAAAUGCCGCCCCCUCCUGAUAAGGCAAGCGUCCAGAGAGUACUAGGCACAGAGAAUUACGUGCCGAAGUUUACACUCAAUCUAGCAGAUUUGGCAAAGUCACUGAGAGAACUUGUCAAGAAGGAAAAUGAGUUUGUAUGGGAGGAAGGAGUUUAUGGCAAGUACCUAGAGCAAGUAAAGCAAGUAUUAACCCAAACGCCUGUGCUCAAGUUCUUCGAUCCUCGAAAGAAGCGGUGCUUCAAUGAGAUGCCUCCUUGAGUGGUCUGGAGGCCUGUUUGCUACAAGAGGGGCACCGACCCUGUUGCGUAUGCUUCGAGGGCCCCCACUCCUAUGGAAACUAACUAUGCGCAGAUCGAGAAAGAGUCAUUGUAAAUUGUCUUUGGGGUUGAGCGGUUUGAGGGCUAUGUUUAUUGUAGAAAGAUUUUUAUUGGCACUGACCACAAAUUCCUAGAAUCCAUUUUGAAGAAGAGUCUGUUGAGUGCACCAAGGUGGUUGCAGAGAAUGCUGUUGCGUCUACAGAAAUUUGACUUAGAGGUCUCAUACAGAAAGGGCACUGAGAUGCACAUGGCGGAUCCCCUCAGCCGAGCCUACCUUCCCCAGGCUAAACAAAAAGGUGGUGACCAAGAAGGAGUAUGGAGUGUCGCUGACAUGAGAUCACCAACAGAAAUCGAGAUUGAGCAUGUAGAUAUGAUUGCAUUUGUUCCCAUUCGACAAUUAACUCUCUUAGAAAUCAAAAGUGCCAUGGAAGUUCAUGCAGAGCUUCAGGCAUUAGCCACUUUGAUCAAGCAAGGUCAGAGAGCAGGGCAGAUGUACUACUCAAGUGGCAGGGAUACUUUCCUUUCAGAGAAGAACUGUUCAUACAGGAUGGUGUCGUGUUCAAGGGUGAACGAAUUAUAGUACCAUCUACCCUAAGGCAAUCAACGAUAGACAAAGUACAUGCCAGUCACCUGGGUGUUCAGGGGUGUCUAAGGAGAGCUAAAAAAGCUUUCUACUGGUCAGGCAUUUACAAGCAAAUUACAGAGUUCAUCUAAAGGUGCAGCAUUUGCAACAGGUACAAGCCAGUACAGCAGAAACAACCUUCAGUAUGUUACGAAAUACCAACAUGACCAUGGCAGAGCAUCUCAGCAGACCUGUUUGAGCUUAACGGCACCGACGACCUGGUUACCACUGACCAUUACUCUAAUUUCUUCGUGUUAGAUAUGCUGACAUCUAAGACCGCCAGAGGGUUUAUUGGCAAACUAAAGCCGCACCUUGCAAGACAUUGGCUUCUGGACGGUAUCACCACAGACAACGGACCACAGUUUGACUUAAACGAGUUUCAGAAGUUUGUAGCAGAGUAUCAGUUUGAACAUAUUAAUUCUUCGCCACGAUAUCAGUAGUCCAACGGUAAGGCGGAGAACAGUGUUAAAACAGCAAAGGACAGCUUGAAGAAAGCUACUGAUGCUGGCCAUGACCCUCACCUACCACUACUGAACUUUAGGAACACCCCAUCAGAAGGGAUGGACAGCACUCCCACACAGCGUCUCUUCGCACGCAGAACCCGCACUUCCUCCCCAUGGCUAGUCAUCUGCUUCAGUCAAAAGUUAUUCCUGAUCUGAAGCUUAAAUUGCAAUAAAGGAAACAUAAGCGCUUCCUUCUAUUACGACAGAGGAGCUAAGGGGCUGCCACCACUCUAAGUCAGAGAUGUGGUGCGGGUGCAACCCUUAACAUAUCAGCCAAAAUGUUUUAAAAUGCAAGUUAGUCGUCAGGUAGCGGUACGCUGCUAUAUAGUUAGCACAGAAGGUGGUAGACUUUACGGCUGCCGAAAUCAUUCACAUCUUAACGAAGUUCCGGAGAACUUCCAAGGGAUGCUAGACGAAGAUAAAGCGCAGUCAAAGGUUUGUCACAUCUUAACAAAGUUCCGGAGAACUUCCAAGGGAUGCUAGACGAAGAUAAAGCGCAGUCAAAGGUCGAUACUCAGAUUCGUCCACGUGCAAGGAGAUCUACUGAGGAGAUACCCCAGCUACGAACUGAAUCCUCAGCAAUGCAGAUGCCAGCUGCUUCGCAGCCAGGUUUCCAGCCGGCUCUGCCAAGUGUUCCCGUUCCUGACUCAACUAGAAGCGAUGGAGUUGUUAAAUCUUCAGAGUUUCUGCUGCCAGAUCCUCACCCAGCGCCACCAAGUGUUCCCAUACCAGUCUCCACCAGAAGUGGUAGAAUUGUUAGGAGGCCUGCGUACCUGAGGGAUUUUACUACCUAGGAAACAGGUGUUAAGGCUGAGCACACUGUGGUGAACAUUUUUAAUUAGUGUUAAUCCAUUUCAAGUUAUAUUUACGUCUUCAGUUUCCUAUCGUUUUGUUGUUUCUUUAUUGAAAGAAGGGAGAUGUAACGAUGUCACUAUCUUAUUAAUAGCCUCUACGGGCUUGCGCACUACAAUGAGAACUUAUAUAUCCCGGAUGCAUACACGCGCGUUUGAUUCUGUAUUGGCAAAAGCCAACUUACGGUCAGGUGAAAUCGUUGUAUCAUUUAUCAUUUAGUCCACGUAAUGAUCUCCUGACUAAGUGACACUAUUGUCUAUUUUGAUUCUGAUGUGUAGCAAAAAUAGUAACGUCACAGCUUAGAGUCAUUUUAUGUUUAAACCGCACAGACAGCUGGUGACACACCAGACUAAAAAUAAUAAUAUGAAAGAGAAGAGAUCACUAAUUAAACAUUUAAUAUUUCAGCUUUACCUAUACAACUAAAGAAGGAGAAGAGAAAGCCAUUUCCUUUGGUCAUGAUGCGAAUGAAGUUUGUUCUAUCGGUCAGUCUGCCACUCAGUUCGCUCGUGAGCACACGUUUGAGACAGACAUUGCCAGGUUCCACCUAAUUGAUACUCCAGGAAUCGGAGACUGCAGUGGAAUCAAAAAGGACAAAGAAAACUUUGCCAACACAUUGGCCUUCCUAACCAAUUACAAAAAGAUUAAUGCGGUGGUUGUUCUCUUAAAGUCAAACAAUUCACGGUUGACUGUGUCCUUCCAGUUCUGUGUGUUAGAGCUGCUGAGACAUCUUCACAAGUCCUUGGUAUCUAACAUAAUAUUUGCCUUUACUAACUCGAGAGGAACUUUCUAUCAGCCUGGAGACAGCCUACCAGUUCUUAAGAAACUCCUGAGUGAACGUAUGAUUGGAAUUGAUGUCUCACCCUCCAAUUACUUCUGCUUCGACAACGAAGCCUUCAGGUAUAUUUAACCAUAGGCGUAUUUGAUCGGGGCCCUCUAUAGCCUGAAUGUGACCCGUGGGAGACCUUUUCCAAGACACCACUUUUAACCAAAAAGCAAACCUUCCUUGACUGAAAAGUCCAAAACCUACCCUCCCCAACGCUCAGCCGAUUAUGGUGUGCCUGUAGAUUGAAAGGGGCUUCUCAGCUCAGUUUGAAAAUGCAGUGUUUUGCCAGACUGGCCAUCAUGCCUAUUGUCCUGACACUGCUCGUUCAGUAGGCCAAUAGCUAGAGGGUGGUUUAGCGUCAAAGGCAUCGGAUUUGCGAAGGGCGUUUCUAUUAACAUUGCAAACACCUAACAGCUAGGUUAUUUUACUUACUUACCAGUCAAAGGGGUUUGCUUUUUGAUAAAAGUGGAAAUCUUGGGAUAGGUCUCUUCAGCCUGUUGUAGUAUUCGACUGUCUCCUAAGAUUCGCGGUGAGGCUCAUGCUUUGUGGCAGCUCUGCCAAUGGCCCAGAUCAUGUGAGAAAAGAGAGAAGAACAACUGUACACUGUUCCGUUGAUUUAAUGCUAAGUUUCAACCUUCUUCAAAUUUUAAUUUGCUCCUCGUAAUUCGUAUGUUCCUGACGAAGGCCGCAGCACGAAACGUAGUAUUAUAUCGCCGGAACAGGUUAGAGUUGUUUUUCUCUCUUUCGUGAUUUGCACAUACUUAACAUUUUGGAAAAGAUAUCCGUAUCUUCCUGGAUCCUUCAACUGGGAGCUACUCGGUCGAUAGCCAUUUCAUUCUUUCUAUUGAGUGUAUAUAGUGUAUAUAUUAUAUAUUUUUUCUCGACAGAUUUCUUGCCUGCAACAAGAAAGGAGUUGAAUUUGGACAGGAACAAAUUGAUAGCUUUUCAAGGAGUUGGAAAAUGUCGUGCGAAACUACUAUCAAGCUCUUCCAACGAGUGAUGGAAAUGGAGCCCCACGACACAAAGCAAACGCUAAGCCUAAACAAUGCAAGGAACUACGUGAUGGCCUUAAGCAAGCCAAUGGGGGAAGUUUUUGAAUUAAUUCAAAUGAACUUGAAGAAGAUUGAAAGUGCUGAAAACACAUGCAAGGCUUUUGACAAUGACAUUAACUCUUUCAAAAUGUCACUGAAGUUUAAAGGGUACGAUCUGAAGGUUUUGAAAAUAGACUAUCCCAUGACUGUUUGUGCAGCCGAAGAAUGCAAGAAAUAUGUAUUUGUUGGUGAGGAAAAUGUGAAACGUACCGUCUAUGAACAAAUCUGCCAUGAUCAUUGUUACUUACAUGGGGUAAUGGUUGAGAGUAUCGGAAACGAUAAACUGUUCCAUUGCAUCGCAAUGUCUUCGGGCAGUUGUUUGAAAUGCUCUCACAACUACAGAACGCACAUGCAUAUCGAAUACAAAACUUCUCUGAUAGAGAAGGAAUUCUUAUCCAAAGAAGUGCAGAAGAAAAUUUUGGAUAAGCAAGACAAGAAGUCUCAGGAGAAAGAAUUUAUCGCUGUGUUGGCCAAGAAGAGCAAAGAGCUUGCAUCUGAAAGGGAUUGCAUCUUAGAGUGUGCCACCUUUUUCGGCGCCUUCCUCAAAAUGAAUGCAAUCGUCCCUUAUAACGACUCCUUUCGUGAUUACAUGGAAUUGCUUAUCAGAAAUGAAGAGUGUAAGGAGGAGGAGAUCAGAGAUGAUGAGAAGAUCAAGAAGUUGAAAGAAGACCUGCGGGCAUACAAAGAGGAGGUAGAGGUUUUAAGAAAUAGUGUGGCAUCACAACCCCGCGACGGAGAGUUCCAAACCGAUUCCAUAGAAGAGAUCAGUGUCCGCAAAGAAAAGCUUUGUUCUCUGAAACACAAUGGAAGGAUACUAAGAGAAGCUCUAGGUAUGAUGAUUUUAGUUUGCCAAGCGUUAUUG